AUGACAGCAUUGGAUAAUGAGCGAAAGCUGUUGUGCAAGAUCAAUGUGGCAUUCGUACCGCUGAUGAUGUUGAUCCAAUUUUUCCAGUUUAGCGACCGGGGGACUCUUGCUAAUGCUGUGGCAAUGGGCAUUUUUCAAGAUACCCAUAUGACUCAAAGUGAAUUCAGCUGGGCAAGCGCCCUUGUUUUUAUUGGCAAUCUUGCAUUUCAGUUACCCAAUGCUUAUUUUAUGCACAAGCUACCUAUUGCAAAGUACCUGGGGUUUACAGUGAUCUUAUGGGGGAUCCUUGAAGGCUGCAUAGCACUUGUCAACAACUUUGAACAGCUUGCAGCAUUAAGAUUCCUAUUGGGUAUGGCCGAAGGGAGUGGCAAUCCUGCAUUGGCUCUAGUCAUCAGUACACUGUAUCGCCGAUCAGAGCAACCCGUGAUCAAUGCUAUCAUGCAUUUUUCAAAUGCUAUUGCAACCAUUCUUGGUGGAUUGAUCAGCUAUGGCAUAAGCCAGAUGAAUCAGGUCGCUGGGCUUAGUGCAUGGAAAUGGUGCAUGAUCCUUUAUGGUAUUGCUACUGUGGUGGUCGGUAUAGCUUGUUUCAUUUUUAUGCCUGACACGCCAUAUUCAAAAUGGCUGCGUCUAACGGAUCACGAACGACUUAUUACGGAAGAAAGGGCUCGCGAUAACGCCACAGUCCACUCACACACUAUCAAAAAACAGCACGUUUUGGAGGCACUACGAGAACCACGGCUGUAUUGCUACACCUUGAUUGGGUUUAUGAUCAUGACGCAAAACGGGUGCAUGGUAACAUUUUCAACGCAAAUCAUUGUGACCAUGGGAUACUCGAAAGCUGCAUCAUUGUUGAUAGCAGGAUCACGAGGUGUCAGCGAUGCAUUCUACCUCAUUAUCGGCAUUUACGCAUGUAGACGAUGGCUCGGUCAAUGUUUGACAGCAGCAUGUGCAUGUUUAUUAUGCAUGAUCAGUGCGCUGCUAUUGAUGGCGAUCCCACAAGACCUUCCAAAACUUGCAGGCAUUUACUUGUUUACCGGGGCAUUGGUGCCUGUUUUGAUGAUCAGCAGUAUAAGUAGCAACGUGGCUGGUUAUUCAAAAAAGAUCACCUACUUUACAUUUAUGGUUGGGUCAUUUGGCAUAGGAAAUUUUUGUGGACCUCUUAUGCUUGUGGAAGGGCAAAAACCACAAUACGUCGCUGGCCUUGCUUCGUAUGCAAGCUUUCAAUUGAUAUCGGCCCUCUUGUUUCUUUACAUUCGAGCAACCAUGAAACGAGUAAACGAUGCGCGAGAUCGGAUGAUGAAAGUACCAGAAAAACAUGAACAUCAAGAAACAGUCGACAUGACGGAUGUGGAAAAUGUUAAUUUUCGAUAUCGGCUGUAG